AUGGCGGAUUCGGAGUACACGGACGAUGAGACAGAGUAUGAAGGCCCCUCCUCUCAAGCAGUCAUCUGGGACGCGUUCUGGACACCGUUACGCAUGCUAACCUCCAAAACCGCUUUCCGCAUAUACCUGAACACUCUCCUAUUCAUAGGUGCUACACUGCUUCUAGUGGGAAUCUCCGGUAUCGCUUACGGGAUCUUCUACCUGAGAUUCAUUCCCACGGUCGGCGUCGACCGAGAAGUGCAUCUGCAAUUUGGCGAUGCGAACCCCUGGGGCACAGCCUCUCUCGAUCCCGAGUUUGUUUCCUCACUACCUUACGAUGUUGCCGUGGCCCUUGAUAUGCCCCGCACACCGUCCAAUCUGGAAGUGGGCAACUUCAUGAUUGAUCUCACCCUCUAUUCUCCCCAAACUAGCUCUGUGCUCCCCACUUCCGCCAACUCCUUGAACCCGAUUUCGCAGUCGCGCCGACCGGCCAUACUCACUUAUAGCUCGCCGAUGGUGGAUGUUGCCCGGAGAAUGGCGCGCCUGCCCCUGUAUGUUGUUGGCUGGCGUCGCGAAGCAGAGACGCUAGAUGUACCAAUGAUGGAGAAGGUCCAGUUCGCCCGGGGCGCGCGAAACCUGCCUCAGAGCCUGCGCCUUGAAAUUCAAAGCGACGGAAAGCUACAAAUCUACUCUGCGCGCGUGGAAUUCCGGGCGCGCUUUACUGGGCUUCGGUGGUUUAUGUACCGCUGGAAGCUCACGUCUUUUGUGAUUUUUAGUUCCAUGUUCUGGACCGUCUCAAUGGCUUCUGCUAGCCUUACCUGGUUCUUGUUGAAUUUGAUUUUGCGAUCCGAGCCUGUAUCGACAGACGAGAUCAAAGAUGAGGAGCACGACACUGUCAAAGAGGAGUCUGAAACCGAAGAUAUCAGCUCAUCCAGUGGGGCUGUCAAGAUCAAGGAGGAGCCCGAGGAACAAGGAAGUAGCUCCUUGCUACAGAGCUAUCUGGCCGGUGACGAGGGGGGGCAUCGGCUCUGGACUGGAGGAUCCAGAGGAGCGAGGUAUCCAGAAACGACGGAGCCAUUUGUCGGGUUAUGA